AUGGAUCUGCAAAUCGACGUCGUAUCGAAAUCGAAUGGGAAGGCUUUGGAACACACAAGCUCCCAACUUCAGUCUUCUGCAAGGCAGCUCAUUCUGCAGAGAAUCGUAUCGUCUUGGUCGCAGGAGCUCAACAUCGAGGCGCCGUGGGCAUAUUUUGCUGGCUAUGAUCCAAGGUCAUGGGCCGCCAUUGUGGUCUUAAAGGAUAUGGGCCAAGAGACCACAUUCUGCAACUACAAGACAGACUUAACCAAAGCUCAGUUCGCCGAGCAGGUUCAGAUGUUGGCAAAGUUACAUGGCCAGUACUAUCAGUCUCAACAUCCCGAUUUCGAACGGCUGCUCAUCUAUAAAGACCGGAUCAGUAACUUGAUCGAAGUUGGCCUCGAGACCAUGUGCGUCAACGGAUUCAGGGCUGCAAAGUCGGCAAUUCCCCCACGACUAUUUGCGAAGCAGAAUGAAAUUUGGCCUUGUACGCUCAAGUCAGUAGAGCGUAAUGCUGCGCUUCCAGCGACGGUGGUUCAUGGAGAUGUUCAUCUCGGCAACUGGUAUAUAACACCUGAUGGACAUAUGGGCCUGACAGACUGGCAGACAGUAGCAAGAGGACACUGGUCUCGUGACCUCGCAUACGUCCUGGGUACGGCUGUAAGUGCAGAGAAGCGCCGUCAGUGGGAGCAUGAAAUGGUUGAGAUGUAUGUGUCAGAGCUUAGAAAGCACGGAGGCCCCAGUGUUACUGUUGAGGAAGCAUGGCUUGAGCUGCGGAGGCAGUCACUCGGUGUACUGGCUUAUUGGACGCUUACUCUUACACCUUCUGAGAAUCUGCCUGACAUGCAGACGGAAGAGGCAUGUCUAUGUUUUAUUGGACGCAUAUGUACAAUGAUGGACGAUCACGAGGUUCUUGACGCUUUCAACUUUUGA